AUGGAUAUUACAGUUUUGAGCAUUGCAGCUUUUGUGAUAAUAAUUUUGGAGGUUUUACGAAGGAGGUUAAGAAAUAGGGCGCUGAAUCUGCCUCCGGGAAGCUACGGAUGGCCGAUUCUGGGUGAAACGGUGGAGUUCUUCCGCGCUGGAGUGGAUGGAGAGCCGGAGAGGUUUGUGAUGAAGAGAGUGGAGAAAUACAAUUCUCAAGUUUUCAAGAGUCAUAUAAUGGGGGAGAAGGUGGUGUUCAUGUGUGGAGCUGCAGGUAACAAAUUCUUGUUCAGCAAUGAGAACAAGACGGUUACAGUUUGGUGGCCGAGCUCCGUCAGGAAGCUGCUGGGGCAGUGCGUCUCCACCACCGCAGGAGAAGAAGGCUGCCUCAUGAGGAAGAUGGUGUCAUAUUUCGUCAGCCCCGACGCUUUCACAAAGCUUUACAUCAACAGAAUAAAUAUGGUUUCCCAACACCAUAUCAAGACUCACUGGCAAGGUAAACAUGAGGUCAAAGUGUUCCCUACGAUCAAGCAAUACACGUUUGAGCUAGCGUGUAGGCUUUUCAUGGGGCUUGAAGAUGAGGAGCAUAUUGGGAAGCUUGCUACUAUGUUUAAUAUAUUUCUGAAAGGGAUAAUCUCAAUUCCUAUUAAUUUUCCUGGGACGAGAUUCUGGAAAGGAAAGAUAGCUACAAGGGCUAUCAAGGAGGAACUGCUCAAGAUAGUGAGAGCAAGGAAAGUUAGUUCGGAGCAGAAAGUAGACCUUCUGUCUCAUCUACUAAACACCCCAGAUGAGAACGGCAAGUACAUGUCUGAGUCAGUGAUUGUCAACAACAUCCUCAUGCUUCUUUUCGCUGGACACGACACCUCCAGUGUUGCGAUAACUAUAGCGAUGAAGUGGCUCGCCGAACGCCCUGAUAUUUAUGACAACGUCUUCAAAGAGCACGAGGAUAUAGGAGAGUCUGUGCAGUGGGAGGACUUGCAGAAGAUGAAGUACACGUGGAGCGUGGUGUGUGAAGCAAUGAGGCUGGCACCACCGGUCAUUGGUGCUUUCAGGGAAGCCUUGACGGACAUAAGCUACGGUGGCUACCACAUUCCCAAGGGCUCCAAGUUGUAUUGGAGCGCCAACAGCACCCAUAUGGACCCGAGCUAUUUUACUAGCAACACCAAGUUUGAUCCAUCUAGAUUUGAAGAGGCACUGGGGCCGGCCCCCUACACGUAUGUGGCGUUUGGUGGGGGGCCAAGGAUGUGCCUAGGGAAAGAGUUUGCUAGGCUCGAGAUACUACUAUUUUUGCAUAAUGUGGUGAAAAGAUAUAGGUGGAAACUCGUCAAUCCUCAUGAGAAAGUUGUAUGUGAUCCAAUGCCCACACCACUCUAUGGUCUUCCAGUUUAUCUCCAACCUCAUGUCUAGUUGCAUUGUUUUUGGCAAACGACUAAGAAAUCAUGUUUCUCUUAA